GUGGAAGCGUGACGUAACUUCCUCUGUGGGGACGUGGCCUGAAAAGAGUAAAGAUGGAGCUGGAGGCUAUGACCAGAUACACCAGCCCGGUCAACCCUGCUGUCUUCCCACACUUGACAGUUGUCCUUCUUGCAAUUGGAAUGUUCUUCACUGCAUGGUUUUUUGUAUAUGAAGUAACAUCCACCAAGUACACACGGGAUAUCUACAAAGAGCUGCUGAUUUCUCUCGUAGCAUCUCUUUUUAUGGGAUUUGGAGUACUUUUCCUCCUCCUCUGGGUUGGGAUCUAUGUAUGAGGAAACCUUGGGUGUGUGUGGGGAGAAACAUGAGACCAUUCCUUCAGGAUAUGCUGCUUUCACAAUGACUGACUUGUAGUCUCAAUGCCUCUGGUUGUUACAGAAGCAAGAGGCCUUCAAGAUCCACUGAGUAGCACCUGGAAUUUUUUUUAUAAGAGCCUAUUGUACUAACAAAAAAAUAAAAGCUUUGUUCACACUG